AUGGCAUCAUUUGUCGAAAAGGAAAGUAAGGAUUUGAAAGAAAGGAUUUGUGGAUUGAAGAAAAGUAUGCAUGAUUAUAAAGAAAAAUAUGUGAAUAUGUUUUAUGAAAAUCAUGCUAACGAGGAACUUGUUGAAAAUUUAAGAAGGGAGAAUAAAGAAACUAGAGAACGUAUUGAAGACAUUUUCAUGUAUUGGAUUAAAGAUCUUCAAAACACUUUGGAUUCUAAAAGAAAAGAGUUAGAUGAUGAAAUAAGAAGUUCAAACAAAAUUAAGCAAGAUUUGGUUAAUAAACUCCGAAAAAUUGAAAAUGAACUAAAUGCUGAAAGGAAUUCUCAAGGAAAUAAGAAUAAAGAGGUUGAGGAGCUAAUUGAGAAACUACAUGAAGCUGACAAGAGAGUUGUUAAUGAAAGGAAAUUACUGGAACAGGAGAAAGAUAAGGUAUUAGAAGCUGAAAAGGUUUUGAUUGCUGAAAGGAAAGUUUUGAAGAAAGAGAAGGAAAAGAUGAUGGAAGUUGAAAAGUGA